GUUCAGUAAGUGGGAGCAGACGGUCCCAUUCCGAGUCUAAAAGAGUCCAGCAUGUGUACUUACAUAAAGACUGAGACUGUUUACAGACAGGAGCUCUCGGUCCCUCCCCGCUGACUGAAGUCCACUGUCCCGCAGACACACACACGCACACACAGACAGGUGGUCAGUUUUACAGACAGACAGGGACACUCUCACGCACCCACUCGAGGACAGGACAGCAGCGGUGUGUGUGCGGACUCCCGGGGGCGGCGUGAAGCGGACCGGGCCCGGCUGUGUGCCCGGGCCAUGGUGAGGGGAGGAUGGGGGAAGAAGUAAGAGUUUCUCCGCUGAAGAACUUCGUGGCUGGAGGGGUGGCCGGAGCGUGUCUGCUGCUGGCUGGACACCCGCUGGACACCAUCAAGGUGAGGCACGAUACCUGGAAAGAAAACGGGGCUGAGAAGACGACCGUUUUCAACAUCUCUCUGUCCUUAGAGUCGUUUUUCUCUUUCUGGAUCUUGUUGGGUUUGAAAUGAAGUCAGACAUCAGACGUGGGUGUUGGAGGGAUUACUGAAAAACCAGCUUAAGAUGUCACCGAGGCCAUGAGGCAGUGAGAGAAAGCUGGAGACAUGGUGAAGAAGUAAUUAAGUGGGCUAUUUAAACCUGAAAAGAGGAGAUAACCAGAGUAUUAGAGACUAGUUUACCCUAAGGAAGUACAGAGGACUGUAAACAAAAAAAAGAAAUGAUGAAUAUAAAUAAACAGAGUAAAAUAACUGGAGCUAUUUGAUUUUAAUUCUCACGUGAGAAAGAAAUGCUAGAAAGUUAUAACCUGCAAAUAAUUUGACUAUUUUUCUAUUAAUUAUGCACUUUGAUUACUUUGCACCUAAACUCGAAGCCCAUGAAAAAGAGGACUGUAAACUUAAAUAAAACGUCAAUUCAAACAAACAAAAAAAAACUUUAAAAUGAAUAAUAUAUAUAUGAACAGGAGAGUAAAAUAACUGUAGUUACUGAAUUUAAAAUCCCAUGUGAGAAAGAAAUGCUAAGAGGCAAAUGGUUUAUGACUAUUUUCCUAUUCAUCAUGAACUUCGAUUACCUUCUGUAUGCACCUAAACUCUUAAAAGUCAAAUACAUUAUAACAAACUGUUAAUAUUUAAAAAAUUUGACUAAAUUAAACCACAUUUUCCAUGACAGGGUUUAGUCUUUUCCGUCAGCUCUGCCUAGAAAUCCUCUCUACAGCGGAUCAAACCUCUUUUUUUCCUCUUUGCAAUAAUAAAGUUUUGCUCUGAGGACGAGGACAGCUGUAAAAGUUUGAGGGUCGAUGUUCAAGGUGCAAUGUUGAGUCCAAAUGGUAUGUAUGGAUUUCAUGACACUCAGCAGCAGAGACAUGUAGUUCCUUGAGAGAUAACACAGGUCUGUGCAUCACUGUUUGUCACCUACCUCAGCCUGUUUCUGCCGUUAAACGAGCAGCUAAAUCUGCCCAGUUUCCACCACACACUUGAGGUUAUAACUAUCUGUGUAGUUCAGGAUGGAUUUAUCUAAAGGCCUAACUGUGUGCAUGUUGUAUCUGAUCCCUCCCCAACAGUCAAACUCUCCCAACACCCUGUUUCUCUUUAUCUGUAGCCCUGGAGCUGCACAUGCUGAGGGUGUUUCUCUUACCCAACGUCUGAACAAUCCUCCUCUCGCAUGAUCCCACAUGUUUAAACAUUUACAUACCUGUGUAUAUCUGCAUGUUUCAGACCUGAAUAACUUCACUUCUGCUCUCCAGGUGAGACUUCAGACGCAGCCCAAAGCCUCCUGCGCUCAGUAUGUCCUCUACAACGGGACGUACGACUGUUUCCGCAAGACCGUGUCCAAAGAGGUGAAGACAAACACUGACAUGAACACAAAGUGCCAAAAACAAUCAGAACUCAAACUUUCAAAUUCAAAUGUACAUGGAUGUACCUGUUAAAAGAUUACAUCUCCAGUUUUCUGAUUUUACUGAAGAGUUUUGAAGGAUUAUUUUCAUCAUUCAUCAGUCCAGUCUUGCAGCUGUACAGCUUGAACAACUCCUUGUUUGUCUUUUGCUGCCACAUAUCAGCACCUAUCAAGCUCUGGUGGGACUGCUGCACCUCGUCUGCUUUUCCACAAGUUGGAAAUGAAGCUUUGGGGUGUUACUUUUUACACAGCUGUGUAGUCAAAAAAAAAAAAAAACAAAGUUAUGACUCUAAGAAACAGUCGAGACUAGCUGUUUGAGACAAACUGGAACAAUGACGUUCAGAGUGGUGGGAGAGUUAUGUCUGUAAAAAUCUAGGAACUUUAGACUUGAGGAAACUUUUCAGGGUUGAGGUUUUGUGAGGUGAAGUCUCCAGGAAACAGAGAAAAUAUGAUGUGUGUGUGUGUGUGUUCAGGGUGUCCUCGGCCUCUAUAAAGGUAUGGGCGCUCCUCUGGCAGGAGUCGCUCCGAUGAUGGCCAUCAGUUUCUUCGGGUUCGGUCUGGGGAAGCAGCUCCAGCAGACGGAUCCUGACAAACCUUUAACGUGAGUAAAAGAGAAAAAAACCUCCUCACUCAUGUGAAGCUGUCAGCGUGAGCGUCUCUCUUACAGUGUUUGUAAUACCUAGAAUACAAACUCUAUUUAUAACCCUUCCUCCGUCACCCUCCUCUCCGCUGUCAUUCGCCUGGCAGAGCCCACUCCCUCCACACACCCCCGUCCUCGUGUUACCAGACCUCUCAGCUCCGUCGUUCGCUUCGACCCCGGGUGUCCUCUGUCUAAAAGUGUUUUGUGUUUGAAAUGUCACGUGUGCGGCCGCCGUCUCACCCCACAAAGUUUUCUAGUCUUCUUGUUCCUGAAAAUCACCUUCACUGCGAAGGUUAAGCCCUAAAUGUUAAUCUGCAGGCUCGCUAAACUAAAAAUAACAAUAAUUAAUUUUGCUUCUUUAAAAAUGAAUCAGCAUAAAGACGGUCUGAUAUCAACUUUAGCCAAAGACGAGACGUCGCAGAGGCAGAAGCAGGACUGGAGAUGAGCUUCAGAGGGAAACUAAAGUGUUAUAAAGAUGAUUUUACUCUAUUUUAACCCAAACUGUUCAUGUGUCCACAUGUCCAACUCUGUCUGCGCCUCUCCUCUGCUCUCUAAAAGUGAACAUUUCCUGUCCCGUUCAGGCACACUCAAAUAUUCCUGUCUGGCUGUCUGGCAGGAGUCUUCACGACCGUCAUCGUGGCUCCAGGAGAGAGAAUCAAAUGUUUACUGCAGGUAAACUCUCAGUGCGACCACAUACUCAUGUUUUUAUGCUCUCGGGUGAUCAGUCCACACACAGACUGUUGUAGUGAGAGGAAACAGGAGCUGAAGCACCUCCUGCAGCCUGAUGUUGUUUGUUAACAUGUAGUUAGAUAACCUUUGGCCAGUUUGAUUCAUUACGACUUCUUUUCAGCAAAAAUGCAACUCAAGCUCAAAUAAACGUCAGUGCAGAUAAAAAGCACCUGUCACAGACUCAACUUCAAAAUAAAAGUACUGUACAAAUGAAAAAGAUCAAAGAAAAUGACAGGGCUUUUACUUUGAAUACCAGCUGUACCACAUGGUUUAUAAUUCAUGCUUCACAGCAGAAAACCUCAGUUCAGAUGCGGUCACCCUGUCGGGGUCUAAACUAUCUCAUCUGUUGACAUGUACGCCAACAAUCAAGCCGUACCGAUGUCUGCAUCAAACCGAACCUCUCAGUGGAAACACACCGUUUCAUUUUGAGAGAGGGUAGCUUUACUUCAUCAAUCAUUGUUCGUAUUGAUUGUGUGUUUUCCAGGUACAGGCCAGCAGUGGGAAGUCAAAGUACGCCGGUCCUCUGGACUGCGCAGUACGGCUCUACAAAGAGCAGGGGAUCCGCAGCGUCUACAAAGGAACUGUCCUGACUCUGAUCAGAGGUAAACUUUUGUUUCAUGAUGUUUGUGGAGAUUUUUGGAUUUAAAGUGCCGAUUUACAGCUUCACAUGUUCUCUCUUCAUCUCCCAGAUGUGCCUUCUAACGGUCUCUACUUCCUGACUUAUGAAUACCUCAAAAACUUCCUCACACCAGAGGGUCAAAGGUCAGUAACCACCAGAACUUACUUUAAUACAGAAUCUAUGAUUGAGCAUAGCUGGUCAGGAAACUUAAAGGGAUACUCUUAAAGGGAUAGUUGUGUUUAGUCUCUUUGCUAAAGAAAUGAGUCAAAGUUAAAAAGAUGUUUGGUGUCUAGUACUAUGUCUGUGACCCUAUAUGUCCUGUUGAUGAAGUUAGGUGCUGUUCUGAGCAUUAUUUGUGGCUAUAGAGUGGCGUUUUGGUUGGGGGCGUGUCUCUCUGUAUUGCUAUCCUGCGGUCGUUACUAAAGUUGGUAUAACUAGAGAAGGAAGCGGUCGACAACAUUCAUCUCUGGAGGGGGGUCUAACUCGGUGUUACGGUGGGUUUGACCCUAACUUAUUUCACGCUGGAGUAUCCCUAUAAGACCUGACCUGUGGGUCCUAGCAGCAAUAGCAGCAACCAUACUGCUUCAAUGUUCCACUACCCGUGUGUAAACGUCAGCCUUUUUGUGUUUUCUGGAUAUCAUUCUCACCGUAAACCUGCCCUCUGUGUGUGUCAGCGUUUCUCAGCUCAGCACUCCAAACAUCCUCCUGGCUGGAGGAAUAGCGGGAAUAUUAAACUGGACCAUCGCUCUUCCUCCAGAUGUCCUUAAGUCAAACUUCCAAACAGGUGAGAGAAACUGUAAAUCUCCUCACUGAGAAACUGGAGGAUAGAAAAGAGAGAGAGACUGUGUUUACUUUCUCUUCUAUUAACCAGGGUGUCCAGCAGCAGUACAGUUCAAACAUCACAAUAAACAUUUAAACACAGUAAUAAAUAAACUUGUGGUCAAAAAUGAUGGUAAUAAAGUCCUUAAACUUUUCUUGUUUGUGUUUUUGAAGCUGCAGAAGGAAAGUACAGGGGUCUACUCGACGUCUUGAGGACGCUGCUCCGAGAAGAAGGACCUAAAGCUCUUUAUAAGGGAUUCAACGCAGUUUUUCUACGAGCCUUCCCUGCCAACGCGGUAAAUAAAAAACUGCUCCUGUAUGACUCUGAAUUCUUGUCCUUUAUUUCCACAGUGAUAAAAACAGCAUCUUCCACCUUUUUUCUAACCACAUCACCCCUCUGUAUCUUACUUUUUGUUCUCCCUUUCAGGCCUGCUUUCUGGGGUUUGAGGUGGCGUUAAAGGGACUGAACUUCCUCGCUCCCAGCUGGUGAAAUAAACUUGAAAGCGCCUCCAUGUCUGCUUCUCUGUACCACAAACUGUGUCACAAAUGUGUGAGUCCCAUCACAGGACGUUGAAACGUGAUGAACUGUUGUUUUCUUCGAUGUACAUUCACCUUUACUUUAACCGUGGUCCUCUUGUUUAAUGAAGAUACACACUCACUUUAAGAGUGACUUGAUGACAGAAACGUUCACUCAUGAAUGUAUGACUUUGAGGGUGAAAAUGAAGAUAUAUUUGGGGGAGGGAGGGGGUUGGCUUUGUGUUUAUAAUGUUUAUAAGUUUAUGAGCGUUCAGUUUCGGAUGCCCACAGUCAGUAUUAAUUUAUUCAACUUGGUGUAGAGCUUUGUUAAGGUCCAGGGGGAGUUUUAUAAACUUUGUGGAUAAAGUGUUUGAAUAAAGAGGUCUGUAUUUCUCUUAAGAAG